CUUUCCCUCUACCACGCAGACGACCCACGGCGAGCGUAACGACAACAUAUGCUCUACAACUACACGCGGUGAAAGGAAAACUCCGAGUGCGAAGUGGGAAAACAAAACACGAGACGGAGAAUUACAGCACCGGAGAAGUGACAUUUCCGGGGAUUGUGGAUGGCGGCCGCCCCGUAAGCCUUCUGGGGCGGCGGCGGCGCCCCAAGCAUGAGGAUCGCAGAGCCGGGGCUGCACCGGAAAGCGAGAAUCGCUACGCGGAUAUGGACGGUGGCGGUUGCCGCGAUUGUUUUGGCGAGGGCAUCACCAGUGGGCUCGUCGGGGAAACAAAAUGGGGACCUAGUCAAGUACUGGCAUCCUGUCGAAACUUACCUCAAACAGUUUGGAUAUUUGACACCGUCAUCUGAAGGAGCUCAAGAACUGCGCACGGAGGACAAGCUUCGGGAAGCUAUCAGGAGUCUGCAGAAAUUCGGGGGGCUUAAUGUUACGGGUAUAGUGGACGGUCCUACUCUGGCUCUGCUGGGCAAGCGUCGCUGUGGCAUGCCGGAUUUAACGCCUGCCGAAAGGGUUCGGCGAUACGCCAUACAAGGACAGCGAUGGGAAAACAAAGAUAUCACGUGGAGUAUAAAGAGGUAUCCUCGAGGCAUGGAUAAAGGUUCCGUUCGUGUUGAAAUAAGCAAGGCUUUCAAGGUGUGGAGUGAUGUGUCCCAGCUUAACUUCAAAGAAGUAAAUAGUGGUGACUCCGCGGACAUCAUCGUGUCUUUCGAGCAUGGACAACACGGGGACGGUUAUCCAUUCGACGGAAGAGGAAUAGUAUUGGCUCAUGCUUUUUUCCCAGGGAUGGGCAUUGGUGGCGAUGCUCACUUUGAUGCUGAAGAGCCAUGGAUGGACAGACAGCCGGAAGAUGGUAUUGAUGGUGUGCGGUUGUUUGCUGUGGCAGCGCAUGAAUUUGGACAUUCCUUGGGGUUGUCUCAUUCCGCAGAUUCUGGUGCACUAAUGCAUCCAUAUUACCAAAUUAUCAAUGAUAAUUUCCAACUACCACGGGAUGACACACUAGCAAUACAGAUUAUCUACGGUCCUAGAAAUCCAAUCCGGUUUGCUCCGCUGACUCCAAACAUUCCUCCCACUAGAAAGUACCCGGUGCCUGCAACCCACAGGCCUCACAGGCCGGUUUCUUCUCCUGGUCCUCCGGACCAGCCUGGUGGGCCUACCCAUCAUCACCCUUCUAAUAAAAUACCACAUACGUGCAACACAACUUUCGAUGCAGUAUCUGUGAUCAGAGGCGAGCUUUUCAUUUUCAAAGGAAAAUAUUUAUGGAGGUUAAAUCAUCAAGGUUUGACGAAAGCGUAUCCAGUAGAAAUCAGUCGCUUAUGGAAUGACACAAAACUUAAAGUUGUAGAUGCUGUUUAUGAGCGUACUGAUACAAAAAUAGUAUUUUUCUCUGGAAAUCAGUAUUGGCUUUUUGAUACCGUCACCAAGGUACCUGGUUACCCCAGGCCUUUGACAGAUCUUGGACUACCUCCAGACUUGAAGCGAAUUGAUGCCGCCAUGGUGUGGGGGUACAACGGCAAAACAUAUCUCUUUGCUGGUACAAAAUAUUGGAGGUAUGACGAAUCUGAAGGCAGGGUGGAGCUCGAUUAUCCUCGGGACAUGAGCAUGUGGAGAGGGGUGCCUUACCACAUCGACGCAGCGUUUAGGCACACAAAUGGGAAAACGUAUUUCUUCAAAGGCAAACGCUUUUGGGAAUUCAAUGACAACCUCAUGACUGUCAGAAAGAACAAACAUGGAGACAUAAACGAGCACUGGUUUAGAUGCCCAAGCCGAACAGAACAAGCUCCCGAACACGAAGAAAGUGAAGAAGAAUCCAGCAAGUACUUUGCGAGCGGAACCACGAAAUUGUGCUUUACAACAAACUUUAUACUCCUUUGGUCUUUCGCAGUGACGUUCCUUUUCAAGUGGACGAGACUUUGCUUUUAUUUAACGUAAAGGCAAAUUUUUUAUUUGCUCAGAGACUAUACGAGCUGAUGAACGCGCAUGUGUCUGUUACAUUAUUUAUUAAGGCGUUCGGCUUGAUUUUUCUGUUCUGUACAUUAAUCAGUCAUUAACAUUGAUUUAUUUAAUUUCAUGGAAACGAUAUUUUUUAUGAAACUACACAUUUUUUUUUUUUUUUUUUGUUCUACAAUCUUGAACUCUAAUUAAAAUAUUUUUUGCUUGAAUAUUCGAUGGUCCGAAUUUGUGUCUAUUUC